UCGCGUAACAGGUGGGAGGGGACAAAAAACAUCAUUCCGUGCUCACAGUCUCUGACUCUAGCUGAAUUUUAGACAGUUAUUCUGGUGUACGCGUGGCGACAUGAGCGGAAGAGUUGGAGAUCUGAGCGUGAAACAAGCCGAAGCUUUGGCCCAGUUUCGAGAAAAGGUUCAGGAUAUUCUGCCCCAGUGUCCAUCCCAGAGUGACCACUUUCUGCUCCGAUGGCUGAGAGCCAGGAAUUUCAAUCUACAGAAAGCCGAGGCCAUGCUGCGCAAGCAUGUGGAAUUUCGGAAAUACAUGAAAGUUGACACCAUCACUACGGAGUGGCAGGUGCCAGAGGUUAUAGAGAAGUAUCUGUCUGGUGGCAUGUGUGGCCAUGACCGUGAAGGGAGCCCGGUCUGGUAUGAUGUCGUCGGACCUAUGGACCCUAAGGGUCUGAUGCACUCAGCGUCUAAGCAGGACUUAGUCAAGUCUAAAGUCAGAGACUGCGAGAUUCUGCAGAAAGAGUGCGACUUACAGAGCGAACGGUUGGGUAGGAACAUUGAGUCUAUUACUAUGGUCUAUGACUGUGAAGGUCUGGGAAUGAAGCACUUAUAUAAACCUGCAAUAGAGACUUAUGGAGAGGUUCUCACUAUGUUUGAAGAUAACUAUCCAGAGGGACUCAAGAGGUUAUUUGUCAUUAAAGCACCCAAACUGUUUCCUGUGGCUUACAAUCUGGUGAAACAUUUUUUGAGUGAGGACACGCGCCGUAAAGUCAUCGUACUGGGGUCAAACUGGCAGGAGGUGUUAAAGAAAUACAUCGACCCUGAGGAGCUCCCAGCAUACUAUGGGGGCAAACUCACUGACCCUGAUGGUGACCCCAGAUGUAGGACCAGGAUUACAUUCGGAUCAGAGAUUCCCAGAACCUACUAUGUUCGAGACUCCAUUAAAGUGGACUAUGAUCAGUGUGUGACUAUUGGCCGGGGCUCAUCUCAUCAGGUGGAAUAUGAACUACUUGCUCCAAACUGUGCACUAAGAUGGCAGUUCUCCUGCGAUGGUGCCGAUGUAGGUUUUGGUGUCUAUUUGAAGAAGAAAAUAGGAGAGUGGAUGAAGGCCAGUGAUAUGAAGGAAAUUGUGCCAAAUCAGCGUUACAACGCUCACCUGGUUCCAGAGGACGGAUCCCUCACCUGCCCAGAGCCAGGAGUGUAUGUACUGCGAUUUGACAACACGUACAGCAUCUUCCAGUCCAAAACAGUCAGCUUCACAGUAGAGGUCCUCCUACCUAGUCAUGUCAACCAAUCAGAGCGUUAGCAGUGAUGGCAACAAGCAAGCAGCCAAUAAAUUGAGAUUAUAAAACUGUUUAGAAACCAUUUCUCUGAAUGCAGUAUAUCUGCUGUAGUUAAUAAAGGAAAAUACUAUAAUAAUGCGACUCUUGGGAAGAGGAGAGUGUGUAAUUGAACUGACCAAUCACUGCAUUAAAAUGGUGGGAUGAAAUGUAAGCUUCAGUGAUCGACAUCAAUGACUCGUCUAUCAACGUGUCUAGAUCCUGACUUCAGUGCCAGUGUGAUUCUUUACAUUUGCCAUAUAUUAAUGAAGUGUUGAUCAAGUGUAAUAACUGUGCUGCAAAUUACUAGACUGAAACUGUCUUGGUACACAUUAUAUGAGCUUAAACCUUGUCUGCCAUCUUUAUUAUUGCCUUGUAGGUAUUUUAUCUCUUUAAAUUAAAUUUUUUUGAUAAUAAAUUAGUUUAGAUAAUGAUCUCAGAUGAGUCUGCACACUUUUUAUCCUUUAUAAUGUAGUAAGAGGUUAAAUUAUUAUAUACUUUUAUGUUAUUGACGCACACAAAUCUGUGAACCUUUUGAAAUAUAUUGUUUACAAAGAGCAUUCGACUUGAUUCAGAUAAUGAUGUCGACAUGUCAUUUGGUGGUUUGCUGUUUUUAAUCUUUUUUUAUUAUUAUUUAACUUAAGAUUGCCUUUAAUUCCAAUUAAUGUUCUAAACGUUUGCUUAGCAAGGAGAUUUUUACCUCAGGUUCUUGUGUUUACAGUAACAGUGCCCGUAUUUGAUUCCAGCAACAUGCAUUUGUCCAUGUCUUUCUUUGAUGACCACAUUGUAUUUUGUCUGACUUUGAUUUUGUAACACUGAUGCAAUUCAUGAGUGAUAUUGUAUUGAUUUUUGAUUAAUUUACUAAUUAAGUAUAUAAAAUACAAUAGCAAAGAA